AUGGGCGCACACCCAGACGACUACCGCAAGGUUGCGCCACCGCACUCUUUCAUUCAUGUGGACGACUUCGAGUCGCCGGCAGCCUUGGCCGCCUACCUGCACAAACUGGACCAAAACGACGAUCUCUACAACGAGUAUUUUAAGUGGAAGGGUACGGGCGAGUUCAUAAACACUUUCUUUUGGUGCCGCGUGUGUGCGAUGAUACACGCAGCCGACAACCACAAGCCAAGUUGGUACGAAGACAUUGAUACGUGGUGGAGGGGUGAUGGUAUUUGCAUAGGAAAAGAGAGCUGGACGCAUAAGAACAGUGAGAUAGAUUUUCUUUCUAUUUAUCGUGUCUAUCUAUCUUUCUGUUUAUCUAUCUGUUUGUAUAUCUAUCUAUCUAUCUAUCCGUCUAUCUCUGUCUAUUCGUAUCUAUCUAUUUAUCGCAGCUUAUUCGUAUCUAUCUAUCUAUCUAUCUAUCUAUCUAUCUCAUCCUGUUCACAUCUAUCUAUCUCUCAAUCUCAUUCUGUUCACAUCUAUCUGUGUGUUCAUUAUCUAUCUAUCUAUCUAUCUAUCUAUCUAUCUGAGUGUGUUCAUUAUCUAUCUAUCUAUUUAUCUAUCUAUCUAUCUAUUGCAGUCCAUUCGUAUUUAUCUAUUGCAACUAUGGAGAAUAUCACCUAUUUUCGCAUUUUGGCACGGUCAUUGAGUUCAAAGUUUCCUUGUAAGGCCGACUCUUGCUUGCAAUCAGAAGAGACAAUGACGACAGGAAAUUGUAGCCCGGAUGAUGAGACAUCUCUGGCUCUGUAUUCGCUCUUUUUUCUUUUCUUGAAUUCAGUUAAAUCUUUGCAUUUUGAAGCUGGCUGUGGCGUCCCGGAUAGUGUUGCGCCUUGCUUGCGAUCCAUGGCUUCCGUUUCCCAGGUUUGGUGA